UCCACCCUUUGCUGCAUGUGGCCUUUGAACCUUUUGUUGUGUCGCCGGUGACGUCAGGGCCGUGUGCUGGGAGACGGAGCGGCGUGUGCUCGGCGAGACAAAGGCGGCGGACCGAGCGGGGUCAGGCAGCAGAGAGAGAGCCGAGAGAGAGAGAGUGUUUUAAACCCAAAGGUACCUGCUUAGCCGCCGGAUUUCAGCUGCUGUCCCACCUGAGGACACCCAGAGUGAACACACCCAGGAGCCUGCUCCGACUCUGCAGAAGGAGAACAAACAACAACAGUCUCUGAAAGGGUUUGGAGCUUUUUUUCUCCUACGCCCCCCCAUUUGGCGUGCUAGCUAGGUAGCUAGGUAGCUAGCUAGCUGGCUGGCUAACCCGCUAGCUCCACUGCUCUCCUCCUCAUCUUCUCAAAAACACCAGGUGAAGCAAAGACAGGAUCCCUUCGACAGAGGCCAGAUAAAGCAUCCACGAUCUGAUGUGAGAUCCACGGAGAGACUAUGCCUAGCCCUUUAUUCCACCCCGAGAUUAUGGACCACGACGUGGUCAUCAGCAGCCAGCACAACGGGGUCGGUCUACCCCGAGAGACGGACCAGGACUCCCGGGAAGAGGACCACCAAGAGGCGCUCCGCUUCGCCCUGGACCAGCUGUCACUCAUGGCCCUGGACAAGGUGGUGGACCCUCUGGAUGGGUCCCAGUGUCCCGGUUCCGAGGGCUGCAACGGAGGAGGAUACGUGGAUCUACAGAUGCUGGAGCACCCCAAUGGGUCCAGGGACUCUCCCACGUCUUGUUCUCCAUCCCCGGAGUACUACGGGUCGGGUGGGUACCACAUGGCUGGAUCGCAUCCCAUGCUCCAUGGAGAACAAAGCGUCCUCUGCAGCAGGAAGAGAAGUGUCAACAUGACCGAGUGUGUGCCAGUCCCCAGCUCCGAGCAUGUGGCCGAAAUAGUAGGCAGACAAGGUUGUAAGAUUAAGGCCUUGCGUGCCAAAACAAACACCUAUAUAAAGACUCCAGUCAGAGGGGAGGAGCCAGUGUUCAUCGUAACGGGACGUAGGGAAGAUGUGGAGAUGGCCAAGCGUGAAAUUGUCUCUGCAGCUGAGCAUUUCUCUAUGAUCCGAGCGUCCCGCUGCAAAGCUGGAGGGCCUGGAGGAGGCGGAGCAGGAGCGGGAGCGGGAACAGGCGGCAGCUCUCUUCCUGGACCACCACACUUACCUGGACAGACCACUAUACAGGUGAGGGUUCCCUACCGAGUAGUUGGUUUAGUUGUUGGACCGAAAGGAGCAACUAUAAAGCGCAUCCAGCAGCAAACUCACACCUACAUCGUGACACCUAGUAGAGAGAAAGACCCGGUGUUCGAGGUGACCGGCAUGCCGGAAAACGUUGACCGAGCGAGAGAGGAGAUCGAGACCCACAUCACCCUGCGAACGGGAACCUUUGUAGACCUGCAGGGAGACAAUGACUUCCACUCCAACGGCACUGAUGUCAGUCUAGAAGGCCUGGGCGCCCUGAACGGAGGACUGGGGUCGUCUCUGUGGUCCAGGGCUUCUGGCCACCAUUCUGCCCCCCCUCCUCCUCCACCCUCCCCUCCUCCUCCUAUUCCCAUGUCCAUGCAUCACUCAUCUAACCGGAAGAUGUCGUCCUCGGUAACCUAUCACACGCACAACGGCGGGAUGAGCUCAGACAACUUCAGCACCGCUCGCAAGGCCAACGAGGGAGGCAGCCCCACAAGCCCUUUCAGCACAGGCUCCAGCAGUGCUGGAGGAGGAUUCACCUUCGGGGGCGACUCCACCCCAGGGCUGCCCUCCUCAGAAGAACUGGGCUUUGAGUUCAGUGCCGCCAACAUCUGGGCACCUUUCGCCAACGGUGGCUCAGGCAAUAAGACGGCCGGCUCCUCUCAGCAGCAGCAGCCUCUACGUCGCAACAGCAGCGGCCUCAGUGGCGGCGCCAUCACUCCUCGAUUGUCUCCAACUCUGCCUCAGGACACGGGCGUGGGCCCCAUGGAUCAUCCGUUGGCCCGUCGUGCACAGAGCGACCCCCUCAGCACUCUCUCCUGGUUGCAGUCUGGCAAUGCAGGAGGCGGCUCCUUCUCCGGAGCGUCAAGCUCCAGCUCCGGCGGUUCGUCGACCGGUUACUCCUCUUGCUCAGCCUCCUCCCUGCCCGGCGGCUCACCCACUGACUCCGAGGGAGGUAGCGGCGGCGUGGGCCUCAGCUCUGGGAUGCUGAGUCGGCUGAAAGGAGGCUCUGGCCCCGGGGUCCCGGGUCUUGUCGGAGUGAGCCCCGGGAUCAACAGGGACUGCUUUGUGUGUUUUGAGAGCGAGGUGACAGCAGCCCUGGUGCCUUGUGGCCACAACCUGUUCUGCAUGGAGUGCGCUGGGCAAAUCUGCCAGUCAGCCGACCCAGAGUGCCCCGUCUGCCACACCCCCACUACACAGUGCAUCCGCAUCUUCUCCUAAUGCCCUGGCUGGGAACUGGGAUGGGAAGGUAAAAUGUGAGGGGGAAGGAAGAAGACUGGAGUGGGGCAUCAGCUGUGGCAGAGGCAAUGGAAGGAUUCACACUAAUAACGUUCACACACACAUGAUGGACCAUAAUAAAUGCAUAAUAGAGAUGAUGAUACGAUACGGAUGUUGAUUUUUUUUGCUGGUAACUGUCAAGAUUAAUAAUAACAAUAAUAAUAAUUGCAAUGACUUAUUUUCAAUGUGAAGCCAAUUGAAACUGGACAUUCAGACAGUUGGGGCUCAGACAGUCUCAGUGGUGAACUUUUGGAAGGAAACUAGUGUCUUAUCUCUCUUCAGGCCUUCAUUUCGACCCGGAGCAGCCUGCACCGCCGGCUGCCGGUCUGUCUCAACAUUUCUCCAUUCUGGCUUCUUCAGCGCUCUCUACCUGCUUUCUGUCUCACAGCCUUUCCUUUUCACACUUUUGUACUUAACAGAUAUUUUUCAAUGAAGCUGUCAAUGAGGCCUGCACUUUUUUACUCCUUAUUUUAAUGUUCUCGGCAGGACACAAACCGUUCCAACAGACCCCCCCCCCUCUUUCUCAUCUUGCUCUCACUCUUGCUGUUGUUUAAGCAGCAGGGUUGCUAUUUUUCUGCAAACUGGGAACUUUUUUUAAAGGUCCACAUGUAGUCAGGCACCUAUUGGAACAAUAAACCCAAGGGGCCUCUUAAGGAUGACUUCCUGUUUCUCUUUGCCAAACAAAAAUUAGCCAUCCAUAAUGCCAAAUGAAUGCUAUUAAUAGACGUCUCUUAAAUUGAUCAAAUUCAAUAACUUGUUGGAUGACUUUGGAUGCCCCACAUUUCAAAUGUGGCUGCUGCAUUCAUUCACAUUACUUAUCCUUUUUAAUUUGGGAGAAACCAUUAGUACCAUUAGUGAUAAUAAAGGAAUGUUUCUGAGGUCAGUUCUCUGUACGUUUGGGCUGCCUGACAUCCUUUCCACAUCUCUCUCUCUCUCUCUCUCUCUCUCUGGUGUAUGAGGAUAAUGCCCACUCAUGCUGUUUUCACAUCAGCACCAUCAUGUGUCCUCAACAUGAAAAGAUCUGGUUUCUGUCCUGCUUCCUCUCUUCUUCACUCUCACGGUCUUACAGGAAGGCUUUGCUCUGAUCCAUCCACACCAGGACACUUUCCUCUCACAUCCUGUCUGUUACACUCCGAUCGAAUCAUUUAGCAUUUUUCUACAUGUUUUUGACCCGUGACUGUCAAGUGUGUGGCUCGCAGUUGUAUUUUGAACUCUAGGAUAAGAUAGGGCUUUUCUGAUAUCACACGUGAAUGUUUAGUCCGAUACGGUUUUGGAGAGUGGGCCUCUCCUCCCCACAUGAAACAAUAACAAGGGGCUCGAUAGAACAAUUUCUUUUUAAUGCACUGAGACUCCCGGCCCCUCUUAAAAAGACAAGAAAACGGCUCUUACUGUUUUUGUUUUGGUCUUCCACCCCACUCUCACAGCAAAGCUGUAUGGCACUCUCUCAGAUGACACACUCGUACCCGUAUAGCGAUGUACCCCUGGCCAAACGCGGUGCACUAUAUGGUUAGUUGUUUGAGCUUCGUCCUAUGUUUUCAAAGCAUUGCUGAGUAACUCCAGAUAAGGCGGUUGCAUCCUGUUUUGUGUUAGUGGUUUUUAAAGUGUGAGUUUUCAGUAAUCGCCUCCUAUAGUGUUAAUACUGUACGUAUGAUUGGGACGAUGUUGGUACACCGUUGGCGUUUGUGGCCCUUUUUGAACAUGCAUGGAAUCAGCUCAUUGAAUGAGACAAGCCAUGACAACAGAAUUAAAACGACACAUGUAAUUCUCAAGGGCUUCCUCUGACUGCACAGACACACAAUCACAUUUUCAGGCUCACACGCAGUAGGUAGAACUUAUCCUUUAUGGCAGCUAGUAGCUAGGUCAUCCAGGGCUUCCAGACACUCUUUGUGUUCAAAUCCCAGCAGCUGCAGAAUGUUUUGCCUCUAGUUUUUUUUAUUUUAAUUGAUUUUUAUUUCCUAACGGUUCCUAUACAGUCAUCACAUUCGUACCCUGUCAGAAGAGCGUAGGGCGUAGCAGUCACUGGCUGUCCUCCUCUCUGGACGUAGUCUCAGAUCAGGACGGGUGAUAGCGUUUUAAUAUCAAGGGGAAAAAAGGGUAGCUCUACUUGAGUAAAUUAUUUGUGAGAAUGGGCUGUUGCUGCUGUGCUUUAGGGUGCUCCAGCCAGUACGAUGUUAAACUUAUUUGCUGUCUGACUCUUCAUUUGCUACGAUAGGUGACGAGGGCAGCAGCAGCUGCAAAGAGGAAUUUAAUAAGCCGCUGUCCGGUUGCAGUAAUGCACUAAUUCAUGUGUCCACAUGUGUAGGAAAAAUCUACCCAGGAGUGAAACCGGUAGUCUUUGUCGAGACUAUCCCAUGGUGCUUUGGUGCAACUCCCUACUGAAACACUGCGAUCAACAAACCUAGUUAGUAGUGGGAGGCUUCUUAGUUCUCAAACUAAACUUCUGCAGUGCGCAGUAGACCCGAUGACCCUGUUAUUCCCGUCAAAACUGGCAACCCACCCCCUCGUCUGGCUCUGGUGUCAAACGUUGCAUUACUUGAGGACUCUCAGAACAGAUGCCGGGCCGCGAACGCGUCCAAACGAACAGAUCCGUCGAGACUGUCUUGUGAGUCCGAGGCCAAUCUUAAAGCCCCUUUUUUAAAACUGUUCAAGCCGACGGGUUAAAGGAAUUAAACGUGUUGUAUUUGCCAGAUGGGUCUAAUGUAAAUCCUGGUGUUGCACUGGGAAGUUUCUGGCCAAUGGCGGGAUGUUACGGUUUAAUGUACAGUAGUUUCAUUGUUUAAAAGGUACAAAGUUUUUCAGAUUGACUGCUGAUUUUUAUUUUUUUUAGCCAAACUCACCCCUCCCCCAUUUCCUUCCUAAAGGUUUGAAAACAGGGUUUCCUGAGGCAUGCUAGCCAUUGACCUCUGCCCUUUUUUUGUGAUUAGAGGGGGGGAUGCAAAAGAGAGCCAUGCCAUUAAGGGGUGACACCCCUCAAGCCGCUGCUCUCCUAUUUUUGGCUUUAAUUCUUUGUAUGCAGAACCAAAAUGUAAAACGUGGACAAACUAGGUUUCAGGCCUGACCUGUGUGUGUAUAUACCCUGAAUACAAUCAUUGGGAUCUUGUUUUCAAAAGCAAAUGACUUAAUGAAGAUAAGUGUAGUUUCUAAAGAACAUGUAUCAUUAUUUGUAAGUUAACCAUCUGCAUGUCUUCAAGCCACCUGGCAUUAGCUAAUAAUUUUUAAGAUAAAAAAAAACAAAAACUUUUUACACAUUUUAUUUUUUACAAUUUAUUUGCUUACCUAAAUAUCCCAGACAAUAAUGUGACCCUUUUUAUUACUUCAAAUUUAUUUUUAUUUUCCAUUUUUUUAUUUUCCUUAUUUUCUGUGUACUACAUAUAGGCAAUUUAUAACAAAAUGAGAAAAUUAUUGAAGAAAUUUUAAAAUUGAAAUAUAUUUUAUUUGAAAGUCUAUGGACCUUUUAACCGUGAGCCGGAAAAAUUGUAUAAUCGUAUAAUUUGAGCUGACUUGACGGUUAUGAGAAAUGUAUCAAGAGUUUUAUUUUUUAUGCUUCUUUAAUAAAGUCUUGUU